AUGGCACUAACGAGCCUUGCCAACAUCCUCAACCUCAUAAGUUUUGUUUCUUCAUACUGGAUUGUAUCCAUAAAUAAGGAGAAUUUUGGUUUUGUUCGUCUAGGUUUAUGGGAAGUGUGUUUCGACAACUUUAUAUUUGCCGGAGACUACAUAUCAAAAGCUUACGACGGUUGCUGGUACGUAUUUAGGCAGGAGUUUAAGUACAUUCGGUUUUGGAUUAAUCCUCUUGCCUGUCUGACAGUCAUCACUAUAAUGAUGGGACUAAUGUCCAAGGACCGAAUGUGGCUGCCCUUCUCAGACCGCAAUACAGUUGGAUGGGGACUAGGUUUUGCUGCAACCGGUGGAAUACUCAUGCUGCUCAGCAUCUUUUGCCUCAUUGUCGACCAGGUAGCUCACUAUAGUGAACAGAUAUACUACAAGCUUUUGGAGGAGGGUGGUUUUCUUUCCACGCAACCAAUUCCGCCUGACUUUACCUCUGGUGUUGGCGAAAUGUCCACUCGAAAGUUGCCAAUCGGUGCCUCUGCAGUCGGCACGACUUCGGAAUCGAAGCUGGGUGGUGUUCCUUCACUCUUCUUAACUGCCUCGCUGCCAUCUGUGGCCGGCAGUAGAGAGAGUGGAGGUAGACAUGGAGGGACAGGACCAGCAGCUCGAAUUUCUUCAGUUCUAGGAAGCGCAAAGAACGCUCUCCUAACACACUACGGCGAGGCACGAACCACAAUUCCUGGGAUGUCCUUGAGAUCCGAGGUACCAGCAACCUCGGGCGCCUUAGCGUCUGCAAAGCUGAGACAGGAUCUACAAACUGAAAGAUCUACGAGGCUUGCGUCGACUGCAGCAGCGGUGGGUGCGCCAUCAUCAACUUACUCAACGCGCUCGCCUAGUCUCGUGGGAAUCGGCGGAAAACAGGAAAAACCAGUUAUCGUCUAUGGUACAUCACAAGGCAACAUUCUAAAGGAUUCCGCUGUUUAG